GCUAAUCAGUAAUUUCUUGGUUACAGGAGGAGAUUCCGAAUCCAUCCCCAAAUUUCUUCAUGAACCAGACAAACACACCAAAUGAAUUCUCCAUGCCUACUAGGACUGUUGUUGAUGAGCUUCCACGCCCACCUAUCAUAAACAGACCUCCUGAGAAGAGACAGAGAGUCCCAUCCGCUUACAACCGCUUCAUUAAGGACGAGAUCCAACGCAUUAAGUCUGUCAAUCCUGAUAUAACCCACAGAGAGGCCUUCAGUGCAGCUGCCAAGAAUUGGGCCCACUUCCCACACAUUCACUUUGGUCUCAUGCCUGAUCAGACUGUGAAGAAGACAAACGUGCGCCAGCAGGAAGGAGAAGAGGUCCUGAUGAAAGAUGCUGGGUUUUAUGCUUCGGCUAAUGUUGGUGUUUCACCCUACUGAUUCAGCUAGCUAUAGCACUAUGAUGUGACUUUUCUCUUUCAAGUAAAUGCAAAAGUGAAAAUUCUCCGAUGGAAUCCAUCAUCAACGUAACCCUUUCAAGUUCAUUGGCGGAACUUUGAUUCCUUUAGGUUAUAUAUGUAUGCACCUAUUAUUGUAGCUGAUAAUGAUGAUGAUGAUGAUGGUGGUUUAUGUUGAUAAGUUGAUAACUAAGGACUAAGCUAGUUAGUACUAGCUCUUUUGGAAUUGUUUCAUGCCUGUUGUUCGUAGUAGACCUUGUUAUUAUUAACCUUUUAAUUAUGUUAUUUAGUACUAGCUCCUUUGGAAUUGUUAUUUAAUGUUCUAGUGUAUCUGAUAAUAAAUUAUUAUGAGUUGAGUCAA